UCGUCAGGGCUCAGGUAGCGGAUUUCAGAUAGAUGUUCCUCGGCUCUCCGGUGUUCCCCCGGUAGCGCUGUGUCUCCUGGGUUUUUCGGUGUAGAAGAGUCAGAGAGCAACUGGAGCUCCACAGAUGGCUUCUCCGCUCAAAGUCUGCAUAGUCGGCUCCGGAAACUGGGGUUCGGCCAUAGCCAGGAUUAUUGGAAACAAUGCGAAGUCACUGCAGCGUUUUGCCACCACAGUGAAGAUGUGGGUGUAUGAAGAAAACGUCAACGGCAGGAACCUUACGGAAAUCAUCAACACAGAGCAUGAAAAUGUCAAGUACCUGCCUGGAUACAAACUACCAGAGAACGUGGUGGCCGUCCCACAGCUCAGUGAAGCUGCACAAGGAGCCGACCUGCUGGUGUUUGUCGUCCCUCAUCAGUUCAUCAGGAAACUCUGUGAUGAGAUGGUGGGCUGUGUCUCCUCCAAGGCUCGGGGAAUAACACUCAUAAAGGGAAUUGAUGAAGGACCUGAGGGCCUGAAGCUGAUCUCAGACAUCAUUCGAGAAAAGAUGGAGAUUGAUGUCAGCGUUCUUAUGGGAGCAAACAUCGCCAAUGAAGUAGCUGCUGAGAAGUUCUGUGAAACCACUAUCGGCAGCAGGAUUAUGGAGAACGGCCUGCUGUUCAAAGAGCUGCUGCAGACUCCCAACUUCAGGAUCACAGUGGUGGAAGAUGCUGAUACGGUGGAAUUGUGUGGAGCUCUGAAGAACAUUGUAGCUGUGGGCGCAGGUUUCUGUGAUGGCUUGCGAUGUGGAGACAACACCAAGGCGGCCGUGAUCCGUCUGGGUCUGAUGGAGAUGAUUGCCUUUGCCAAACUCUUCUCUAAAAAUGACUCCGUCUCCACGGCAACUUUCCUUGAAAGCUGCGGUGUUGCUGACCUCAUCACUACCUGCUACGGCGGCCGCAACCGACGAGUUGCAGAAGCCUUCGCCAAGACGGGAAAGAGCAUAGAGGAGCUGGAGAAAGAGAUGUUGAAUGGUCAGAAGCUGCAGGGUCCUGCCACAUCAGCAGAGGUUUACCACAUCCUCAAACAAAAGAACCUUGUGGACAAAUUUCCUCUGUUCACUGCCGUCUAUCAGAUAUGUUUUGAGGGAAAACCAGUCCAAGAGAUGAUCUCCUGCCUGCAGAGCCACCCAGAGCACAUGUGAUCACCCUGUGGGUGUCACAGAGGGCCGAUGAGGGCUGAUGAAGUGUUUUUCUACAGAGAGUAUCAGAGCCAAAACAGCAGUUCUAUCCUCCAGCUUGUGGUAGAAAAACAACCUCAGUUUUCAGGCCAUGGCCAUAGUCCUGUAAAGGGUGAUUCUGGUUUAAAAUGUGGGUCAAAUUUUGUUUAUUAGAUCAUGUUUCUCUACGUUCACUGUCCUGGUAGGGAGGAUUCUGAACAGGGUCCAGGAGACUUUCUCAGCUCAGUUCAGCUGACGUGUCAUCAUGAUCAUCACGGGAAAAGAGUGUGUUUUUGAAAUAGUCUACAAGAAAACCUGUUUUCCACUGUUAUCUGAUGAAGCAUCUUGCUGUGCGUGUUGGGUUUCUGCCUCAGUGGGAACUGUUUUAGUCCAACACUUUCUGGAUCCGGUCCAGUGGUUUGCUUGAAUCCUUUGUCCGUCAUACUUUGUUUUGUGAGUGACAAAAAAAGACACUUAGAAAUUCAAACUGAGCAGUCAGAUCAUCCAGCCAAAAAUCAGAAUGCAGUCGCAUUUCAAACCACCUCCAAAUGCAAUUUGCAUCCACUUUGCAAAAUCACAUUUCAUGUAGUUUUCUGCUGUUUAGGACUGCUAAAGUCAAUCUGGAGCUGGAAAAAAUGCAUUGAGAUAAAUAGGUGUUGAUGAUAGAUAUAACAAGUCACCAUGACAGAUAGAAAAACACUCCAGAAUUAUGCUUCAAAUAUACCACAAAAUUUUCUUUCCUCCAGGAAAUAUUUUGUUUUGUUUCAGUUCUUUUUCGCUGCUGACAAACCUGGUCACAAACUGAAACACCCAGGAUAGACAGAUGGGUGACAAAUUAAAGGAAAAUGUAUAUAUACAUAACAUCUUCCCACACAAAAGAUGUUCCCUCAGUUGGUGCAGAGCACUCUCUAACAUGUGAGUCCAAAAUCUCCUGUAGGUGUUAAAUUGGGUUUAGUUCUAGCAUCUGUGAGGUCCACAUCAUUUUCAUCAAACUAUGUUAUAUGGAUGGAGCCGGUGUCAACGUUUAUGUGCACGUAAUAUUCUUUUUUUUUGGCCAAAUUCUUAAAAAAGACAAAAUUAUAACUAAGCUGCUUACAUGACUAAUGAAAAUUAUUCUUGUUCCUGUUCCAUAUGUAGUUGUUCAGACCCAAUUAAGGCUAGUGUUUAUUCAUAGCAUACAUUCCACUGUGACUUCAGCCUCUCUCUUCCAUUCCUUUAAACUCCCUCUGGAAAAGGUCAGCUUUUUUGUUUAUAAUUGCUCAGAGCCAAAAACCUGUUGAUAUCAUGUGUCACUAUAUUUAAAUUUAGGUGUGUUUGUGUUCAUAACCAGAAAUACCCAUCUAAUUAUAAACAGGCUGUGUCAAAGGCCCAAGUUACAUUCAUUUUCUGAAUGCUCUGUAAACACUAACAAAGUACCCUCAUAUAACCUGAAUAACAUCGCAACAUCCCAUACGUUUUAGUAGAAAAUACUACAUUCCAUCCUGUCAAAUUCAGAUUGUAGGCAUAUUCAUUAUAGUGUUAUAUUAAUGUAAAUGUAAACGCACAAUCCCAUUUUAUUUUCUUUUAAUAUGUCACCCAUCUGUAAGUUAUUAGUGUUCAAAGCUGCACUGUUUGCUAAAAGUUACAGCCAAAAGUUAUGGCACUUCAGAUUUCAGGUUUUACUUUAUCAGACGUUCUUUCUCUAAACUUUCACGAUAAAGAUAUACUUCCAGAUCUGGGACCAAAUGUAUGAAAUGGACCCUGUGUGUUAUUAUUGUAGUCUAGUGACUGUGUGUGUUUAGUGGUGGUCAGUUCCUCACAUAUUAAUGGGCAGGUGCUGUUAAUGUUUACUUGAGACCUUUAAAUCUGCCAGCCGUUCUAAUCCUGCCUGUGGACACCAGCACGCCGCUGCCUCUGAUGCACUUUGAGCAGCGCACCACUGGGUACUUAAGAGAAGAUGGAGGGAUGUACUCAGUGUUGUAGUGUCUUUACAACUCCAAGGGUUGGUUUUCAUAUAUUUUCCACUCAGGUCAACAUAGUGUAUAAAAUAAUCAAAAGUGAAGCAUAUUGUUCCUAUUGUCAGAAUCUUUGUGCUUUUCUGCUUGAGACAUCCAGUGCUAAAAAUCUCUCUGUCUCUACUAAACUUUAUGUGCAGAUACAAAAUUUAGGGAAGUUAAAUAAUGCCUUUGAGAAAACCAGCACAUAUCUACAAAAUUACAUCCCACACUGCCGAACUCUUGCCAAGUAACACUAUUUAAUUAAUUUGACAGACUGUGUUGGCAUGUAAGUGAAAAAUGCUUUUUGUUUGUGAUGAGACUUUCUUCAUAGCCACAUUUGGACUGGCUUUGACUGACAUGUCCUUCACAGUUUGGUUUAGUUUGUUUCUUAUGUGAAGAAUUAAAUUUGUGUCAAACAAAAACAAGAAUUUCAGAGAGAAUAUAACUAAACUGAAAUGAAAAAGUAAUCACAAAAGCAAAACUUCUAUCUUAUUUGCAUAAUCAUGCUAACUACUUGUCUUCUACUUUUUUGACAUGACUUUUUUUUUUUUUUUUUUUUUUUUUACAGUUACUCAUUGUUUAGUGCAGCUAAUAUGAGUUUUGCCAGAUAACAACACUCCAUUAAUCCUGUAGGAAAUGCCCUAUGCUGCUGUUUAUGGCAUCUAUUUUAUGUCCGAAAAUAAAACAAAACUCACACUUUUUGCACUGGACUUUGAUAAACAUAGCAGUUUUUGGAGACACUCCCCAUUUUUCAUCUAACACAGGAAGUCAGAAAAGUUUCAUAAAAAUAAGUAAAGACAAGUAAUUAAUGUAUUUGUCUCAUUUACAAAUCUGCCUUUUAAUGCCCACAUUAGUGUAGUCAAUUUGAUGAAUCACAUCAUUUCUACAAAGCUCGAACCAACUUUGAACAGUAGUGAAAAUGAAAAUGUUACUUUUUUUGUAUUUUCUGAGGCUAACAUGAAGCUUUACUCAGUAAACCAUUGGUGCAUGAUUAUGAGACUGCAUAUGUAAUCUUCCUUACGGUCAACUAACAUUGCUUUUUUUAAUCUUACAUUUUAACCAAUUAAUCUUACAUUUUAGCUUUUGUGAUGCUUUUUGUAAGAUCAACACCUAGAAUCAGGUCAGGAUUAUUCUCACAUAUUUAAGCUAGAUUUAAAGCCACUUUUUAUACCCACUUUGGUGGUAAUAAAAAACUUAAAUCACAGCUGCUCUGGAGACACACUAACAGGUUCACCCUGGUGAAAUGAGAUCACAGGGGAAACGGGGCAAAAAUGUAUGCCAGUGUGAAAAAUGUGUCUGCUUUUCUUUUUGAUUUAUGCCACUGUAGUAUAUAGAGGAUCAAUAUGCUUUCAAAGUCAUAGGUCUAAUUUUGCCUUUUAUUUUUCUGAAUGUAACAGAUAAAUGUUUUCUGUUCAUAUUAAUCAGUGCUUUUCUGUUUCAAUAAAAGAGAGAAAUGA